AUCCUAUUCAAAAAUCGAAGCGAGAGAGAGAGUAAAAAUCUCGCCUUGUUCUUCGUCAAGCCCUCGUCCUCGUCCUCCUUUUGCCACUCCUUUUUCCAUGUAAGAUUAGCGCUGGGGUUCUGUGCGAACUCGACGGCCUACUUAUCCGCUCUCUAAGGUUUCCGACGUGUUGCCGGCCGGCCAGCGCCGAUGAACCUCCGCCGGAGAAUCCACGCCGGAACCCUCGCCUCUUCCUUCGUCUUCCUGCUCUUGGCCGUGAUCUACUUCCGCGGCUGCGGCGCCGAGCUGGACGCCCGUGAGGCGGAGAGAUCCGCGCUUCUUCAGUUCAAGCGCUCCGUCUCGGCCGACCCCGCCGAGCUACUCCAUGGCUGGAAUAGCUCCGUGGACCACUGCUUCUGGCCCGGCGUCGCGUGCGACGGCCGGUACCGGGUCGUGUCCGUCAACAUCUCCGCGAAAGGCGGAUCCUUUCCGCUCCCCUGCGCUCGAUUUGGCCCGUAUCGGCGGAGCUGCGGUGACCCUGGUCGGAGGCUAGCUGGAAGGCUGAGCGCCGCUGUCGGGAGCCUCUCCGAGCUCAGGGUGCUCUCUUUGCCGUUCCAUGGCUUUGAUGGCGAGAUCCCGGUCGGGAUCUGGGGGUUGGAGAAUCUGCAAGUGCUUGAUCUCGAAGGUAACUCGAUUUCGGGUAGCCUGCCCUCGCGUCUCCCUCGCUGGUUGCGUGUGCUAAAUCUGGCUUCCAAUUCGAUCGAAGGUGAGAUCCGGCCCUCGCUCUCGAGAUGUAUCGACUUAGAAACCCUAGACCUCUCUGGCAACGAGAUCAAUGGAACGAUUCCGAAAUUUCUUGGUGGCUUAUGUAAACUUAGAGAGCUGUAUCUCUCUUUUAAUCGGCUUGGUGGGUCGAUUCCUGAUGAGAUUGGAUACGGGUGCCGGAGUCUCCAGAUACUUGACUUGGCUGGAAAUCUAUUGGUCGGAAGCAUUCCGUCCAAUUUAGGCAGCUGCACUGAGCUGCAAGUUCUGUUGCUGUUUUCCAACCUUUUGGAUGGAUAUAUUCCUUCUGAUCUUGGGCGAUUGAACAAGCUGCAAGUUAUGGAUGUGUCAAGGAACAGUCUGAGCGGAACCGUACCUGCGGAGCUAGGGAACUGCUUAGAAUUAUCCGUCAUUGUUCUUCUGAAUCUAUAUGAACCGGUGCUGCAGGAAGCAGCUUCUAAUUCUGUUGAUAUGGAUGAAUUCAAUUAUUUCCAAGGUAGACUUUCUGAAAACAUCACUGCUCUGCCGAAGCUUAGGGUGCUUUGGGCCCCAAGGGCAAUGUUUCAAGGUGAGAUUCCUGGAAAUUGGGGUACCUGUGAGAGCUUAGAAAUGCUUAAUUUGGGCCAGAAUCUUUUCACAGGACAGAUACCUAAAGUGUUCGGCCAGUGCAAAAAUCUUAGGUUUCUUAAUCUGAGCUCAAACAGCUUGACGGGUUGGCUUGACAAGGAGCUUCCCGUGCCUUGUAUGGACGUCUUUGAUAUCAGUGGGAAUCGAUUGUCUGCCUUGAUCCCAAGGUUUACUUACAAAGAAUGCCCUUCAUCUCAGUUCCCGUUAGAUGACAUGUCCUUAGCUUACACUUCAUUCUUUGCUUAUAAGAGUCGCACAGGAGUUGACUUCCCUAUUCUUGAAACUGAUGGUGAAUUUCUUAUAUAUCAUAAUUUUGGAAAGAAUGAUUUUAAAGGUACUCUGCCUUUUUUACCAUUGGCCUCUCAUAGGUAUGGUAACCAGACUGUUUAUGCAUUUAUAGCUAAUGGGAACCAUCUCUUUGGAUCACUGAAUGCUUUAAUUUUAGAGAAGUGCAACAAAGUGAACCGUCUGAUCAUGGACUUAAGCAACAACAUGGUACAUGGGGUGGUGUCAUCAGAAGUAGGUGCAGUGUGCAGUUCUCUUGUUGUUCUGGAUGUAUCUAAUAAUCAGAUUUCAGGAACAAUCCCAGCUAGUUUUGGGUUAUUGUGGAAGCUUGUUAAUCUGGAUAUGAGUAGGAAUUGGCUGCAGGGCAAGAUACCUGACAGUAUUAAGCAGUUAAAAAGCUUGACUUAUCUCUCAUUAGCGAGUAACAAUUUAAGUGGUCACAUUCCUUUUGGCAUGGAUCAGUUGCAAUCUCUCAAGGUUCUGGAUCUCUCAUCAAAUUCCCUCACUGGUUAUAUUCCUAGUGAUCUCGUGAAGAUGACUAAUCUCACUGCUCUUUUACUCAACGACAACAAGCUCUCUGGGAGUAUUCCUUCUGCUCUUGCUAAUAAGACAUCACUCAUUAAGUUCAACAUUUCAGUCAACAAUUUGUCUGGACCAUUGCCUUUGAAUGCCAGUACACUGAGAUGUGACAGUGUCUUUGGGAACCCUUUACUCCAGCCCUGUCAUACAUACUCUCUCUCUGUUCCAUCAUCUGAUCUGCAAGGGAGUAGCCAGAACCCGCAAGCAUAUACUGACUCACCACCAGGUAGCACUCCAAAUGAUAGCGGCAAUAGUGGCUUUAGUUCUAUUGAAAUUGCUUCAAUUGCUUCAGCAGCCGCCAUAGUAUCUGUCCUCCUAUCUUUGAUAGUCCUCUAUAUUUACACAAGGAAGUGUGCACCUAGGUCCUCUGUUAGGUCAUCUGGAAGAAAAGAAGUGGCAAUUUUUGUUGAUAUUGGGGUUCCACUGACUUAUGAGAGUGUUGCACGAGCCACCGGGGGUUUUAAUGCGAGCAACUGCAUUGGAAGUGGAGGCUUUGGGGCCACAUACAAGGCUGAGAUUUCACCAGGUGUGCUGGUGGCUAUAAAGAGACUUGCAGUAGGAAGGUUCCAAGGUGUUCAGCAGUUCCAUGCAGAGAUCAAGACACUUGGAAGAUGGCGGCAUCCUAAUCUCGUGACUUUAAUAGGUUACCAUGUUAGUGACUCUGAGAUGUUUCUGAUAUAUAAUUAUCUUCCAGGAGGUAAUUUGGAGAGAUUUAUACAAGAAAGGUCGAGAAGACCUGUGGAUUGGAGGAUGCUUCACAAGAUUGCUCUAGACAUUGCAUGUGCACUUGCUUAUCUGCAUGAACAAUGUGUUCCCCGUAUCCUCCACCGGGAUGUUAAGCCUAGCAAUAUAUUAUUGGACAAUGAAUUCAAUGCCUAUCUCUCUGAUUUUGGAUUGGCUAGGCUUCUAGGGAAUUCUGAGACCCAUGCAACCACUGGUGUGGCUGGGACAUUUGGUUAUGUCGCUCCUGAGUAUGCCAUGACAUGUCGUGUUUCUGAUAAAGCAGAUGUAUAUAGCUACGGUGUGGUGCUUUUGGAAUUAAUUUCAGACAAGAAAGCACUGGAUCCAUCCUUCUCUCCAUAUGGGAAUGGUUUCAACAUAGUUACUUGGGCAUGCAUGCUGCUGCAAAAAGGCCGGGCUCGUGAAUUUUUCACUGAUGGGCUGUGGGAUGUGGCUCCACAUGAUGAUUUAGUGGAGACUUUACACUUGGGUGUCAAGUGUACUGUUGAUUCACUUUCUAUUAGGCCCACAAUGAAGCAAGUUGUUAAACUGUUAAAGGAACUCCAACCUCCACAUUUUGGGCUUGGUUGACAUAUUCACGUUGAGAGGUGAUGUGAUACAUUACUCAUGAACCCUCCCCGUGCAGAAAUAAUGGAACUAUUUUAAGGGUGCAACUCCUUGGAGUUUUGUCCAAGUUGUGACUCAAUUCUAUGCCUCUGGACCAUAGGGGUGCAUCGUAAUGAGUUUAUUGGCAAUCAUUACAUAGGUUAUGAUCUUCAAUAUCAGCUGGUACUGCUAAUGUGUGAACCAACAUUGACAAUUUUGAUUUCAAUAGUCUAAUUGAUACUUGAGCAUGUUUAAAAAGGGAGAGAAAAAGAUUCUUGCUAGUCGCUUAUUACUUUCUAGUAUGUCAUUGUCAUGGCCGAGGAGUCUGUUGGUCUAAUUAAAUAUAAAGAUGAGACAGUAAACAGAAACUUAUAUUUUCUAUUCCCAUAUCAUGUUAGAAUUCUUAAGAACCUCUUCACCGUAACUGUUGUAUCUUAAUAUGUUUUCUCAUUGCACAUAAUUGAAGCUAAACAGGAGUGGAUUUAGAUGAUUGGACUGAAAUUGAGAAGAGAAAUGGUGAAAGCCUGGUGCCCAAGAAGGUGGACGGAGAUACUAAAACAGUCAGCUUUCGGCACAAGAUGGUUGUUCUUCAUGAAGCCCUGAUGAUGCAGUAGUGGUUGAUGGAAAUAUGGCUCACCGAAGACCGAAAUCAUCUUUAUUCAUGUAAGAAAACCUCAUUGUGUUAAAGGUGUUAAUUUUUCUUUAUAACCAUUUUGAUCUGGCAGGAGCUGCGAUCUGUAGAUCUAAGUCUCACAACUGGAUCAUACUACUACUGUCAACUCUUGCAGAAGAAGGGAUCGCCAGGUGUCGAUUAACGAGUCAUCUGCGGGCCAUGGGAGUCAGCUGCUUCAUCGCCGAUCUCCAUCUCUCUUGCGUGAAUUCAAUACUGUUAUUGCUGAAGUCAACCGCUCAAAUCUCUUUCACUUACAGCGCAAAGCCUCUCUGAAACACCACAAACGGAUGGGAUAAGUAGAAGAACAUCACGGGCACAUACAAUAUGCCCACUCUUCAUGAAAUCUUUUGUUGCAAAAACAUGAAAUCACAGCCAUGCCUGAGAGAGAGAGAGAGAUGCUGAAUCUGUAGUCAAGAGUGUUGAACAAAGAAUCUCUACAACCUUGUCAGUUCGUGAACAUAUGCAAAGAAUUUGCUAAAUACCUUAAAUGCUGUGAGGAGAUCAAAAUUUAUUGAGCAUUCUAUGAGGAGAGAAGAUUGAGUCCAAUAAUGAAACUGUAGUCAAAGUGUUAAAUGAAGAAUCUUUUUUUUCGCUUGGAAAAGCAAUAUAUAAUCUUUUUUUGGCUUGGAAAAGGGAAAAAAAAUUGCUGUG